AUGAUUGAUAUUCCUUUGUUUUUUGUAUCUAUUUUUCUUGUUUAUAUUUUUCCCUUUCGUGACACCUUACUUUUUUUCUCCUUUACUGUCUCUAUUUCUCUCUUUCUCUGUGCCUCUCUUUCUCUCGUUGCUUUCAUUUCUUUCAUCCUCUCAUUCUCUCUUAUGUUUCUCUUCAUCUUUCCUUUCUCCCUUCCUCUUAUUCUCUCUUCCUCUUCUUCUCUUUAUCUCUUCUUCACAUUCUCUCUUCUGCUCCUUCAUAUUUCUCUUUCUCUUUUUCUCCCUUUCUCCCACGUUUUAUCUCAUUGCUUUCAUUCACUUUUACUCACAUCUCUUUUCCUCACCUGUUUUCUUCUUCUGAUUUCCUUAUCUUUCUCUUUUCCUUUUUUCUUUUCUUUCUUUAUUUCUCUUCCGCUUAUUUCACUUUCUCGCAUUCACUAUUUCUCAUGUCUUUUCUUUUCCUUCCUCUCUUCUUCUGAUUAUCACUUCCCCUCUUUCUGUCAUUCUAUCUUCCUUUCCUUCUCUCUCCCCCCUUCAUUUUCUGUUCCUCGUUUCUUUUCAUUCACCAUAUCUCUCUUCCUCUCAUUCAACCUUUUCCUUUCUUUUCUUUCUAUCUUCCAUUUAUUCUUUCUUUUUUCCUUCAUCUUAUUCUCACCUCUCCAUCUCGGUCCCUCUUUUUCUUUUUCUUUCUCUAUCGAUUUCUGCAAUGAUUUUGUAAAUAUUAAAUAUCUAUCUAUCUAUCUAUCUAUCUAUCUAUCUAUCUAUCUAUCUAAUUUUGCUGAUACACCCAUCUAUCUAUCUAUCUAUCUAUCUAUCUAUCUAUCUAUCUAUCUAUCUAUCUAUCUAUCUAUCUAUCUAAUAUAUAAGUGGGAAAUAGAUAUUAAGUUAUUGCAUUCUUCGUCCUUCAACAAAGCUUUCGGUAGCAUCAGGAAAGAUAUCUAUCUAUCUAUCUAUCUAUCUAUCUAUCUAUCUAUCUAUCUAUCUAUCUAUCUAUCUCUCUCUCUCUCUCUAUACUAUUUAAAUUCCCAGGAUCUCUGA